UCAGUCGAAUGACCUGUUUCGUUUCCUAUUGUUUCUCUUCCCUUCAAUCUCUCCCGCAGGCCUUUUUUCUCCUGCUGCUCGAUUGUUUCUUUUUCUUCUUCUGCUGCUCUUGAUAGUUUUCAUCCAAAGGGAGAUAUUUCAACCACACCACAAAUUAUGCACUGAACGGGGAAGAAUUUAGGGCUCGCUCGCGUUAGGGUUUUGAUCGUGCUUUGCUGAAAUGGUUCUCAUCUUCGAUCUCUUGAAUAAAUGGAUGAGGCAACGGCUUCAUGCUGAAAAUAUGGUAUUGCGGGUAGAGUUGAACUUGCCGUCUAUAUUUAAUUUUGGGCUUUGGAGUCCUGCGAAUAGUUGAAUAUCUUGGUUGUAUAAUAAUUAAAGGAGCUAGAGUUGGGGUUUAAUCCUCUUAUUGUGCCCAUAAAAAGCAAUGCUCCAUUCUUGGGUUGAACCAAUCAAAAAGUGCCUACUUGUUGUGUUAUGUGGAAAUGCAUCUGGCAGAGAAAGACCGGUCGGGGGUGAUGGCACGCGGUAUCCCUUUCCUGAUAUUGCUUCUUCUGGUUUCUUUGAGGUUCGGACUCUUAUGAAUCCAACGAUAGAUCAAUUCCUGGAUGUUCAGAGUGCAACAUGUCCAGAGAUUCUUUACUUUCAGGGACAGCAACUUGAGGGUGAAGAAGAAAUUGGUUCUCUCUUGUGGGGAACCACCGAUGCGACUAACCCUGAUUUUUUUAUUUCUCUUAUUAUUCCUCCGUUACCCACAAUUGUUUACCUCGAGGCACCAAACAGUGAAAAAAUUGCCGAGGCAUUACGCUUGAAGGGUGUUCCUUAUGUAAUUUUCUGGAAGAAUUCAUUCACAACUUACCAAGCAUGCCAUUUCCGCCUGGCUUUGUUUUCAGUUUUAAAGUGUGGCCAUGCAUGGGAUGCAUUUCAAUUUGCACAUGCAUCUUUCCGACUGUAUUGCUCUAAAACUAAAUCUAUUCUGCCUUCAAGCUGCCUACAAAUUGAAAGAAAGUUUUGCCCUUGUUUCAUUGGAGACGCGCCUAAAAUUCAUGUGAAUCCACAUGAGAAAUCCACGUAUGAUGGAGAAUCCUCUGCAUCUUCUCUCCCUAAUAUAAAAAUACAUGAUGAGUAUGUAAAUGUAAAGUUUCUGGUCUGUGGAAUGCCUUGCAUAUUGGAUGCAUGCUUGCUGGGCUCUUUAGAAGAUGGUCUUAGCGCUCUCUUGAACAUUGAAAUCCGUGGGAGUAAACUUCAUAACAAAGUCAGUGUUUCAUCACAUCCAUGUCGUGCUGCAACAUCUCAUGGCGAUUAUAAAAUGCGUUGUGACAUCAUAACUUGCAGUUCUGCUUUCAUCUCACUUUUGGUGUCCGGUAGUUUGCAGACUUGUGUCGAUGAUCAGCUUGUGGAAAACCUCAUAAAGUAUGAACUCAUUGAUAAAGGACAGCUAAUCCAUGCUCAGUCAUGUUGUGAGGAAAACAAGUUUUGUAGCCGGCCAUUAAGUACUGAUUGCAUAGCUGCAGGAGCAUCUGUCUUUGAAGUUUGCAUGAAAAUUCCACGCUGGGCUUUCCAGAUUCUAAAGCAUCUUGCAUGUGAAUUUUCUUGCCGUAGCCUUGUCACCCUUGGCAUUGCAAGUAUUCAUGGCAUUGCAGUUGCUUCUUUUGAAAAGGAAGAUGCAGAGCGCCUACUUUUCUUUUUUUCUAGAAAUGGAAAAGAUUUGUCUAAGGAAGAUACUAACCUUUCUGGUCUCCCUAUUUCAUACUCCGUCACCGAUAUUAUAUCAAGUGCUAGACCUGAAAUUGUGAUUGAUGGAAAUUGGAAAGAUUUCAAUACUCUAUGUUCGAAUGUUAGCAAGAAACAAAAUCAAAUGACAAGAGGGGCUUACUUGCAGGGAUUAAAGGUCGCUGCUAUGAGGCCUAUUCCUCAUUUUCGGAGGCAGAAAAAUAUUUGUUUUCCUGUUGCAGAUACUGGAAAGCACUUGAAUCUUCAGGAACAAGCUGCAACCUCUAGAACAUGUAAAAAGUUGUCUUCAGCUUCUCUGAGGUAUGGGAUUUUUUCACAUGGCGGGCACCAAUCAAAGUCCCGGGAGCAUUCAACAUCUUCUAGAAAACAUAAUUCAGCAAUACCUGGAAGCUCUGUAUCAAAACCUGCCUCUUCAAUGCAAAUAAGUUCCACAACAAAGUCAGCUUCUUUUUUUAAUGAGGAUUCCACAUCUAUUCACAGAUUAGCUUAUUCUAUUAGAAGAAGGUCAGAGGCUAAAUCAGACCUUGCAAAGCAGAGAAUUUCUUCAAAUCCAAUACCAUUGAAGAGACAUGAGUGCGAUCGUUGUUCAAUUCAUGACUGCUCGGAAGAAGAAUUUCUGAAGGAUUUGGUAAAGUUUCUUAUUCUUAGGGGACACCAACGGCUGGUUCCCCCAGGAGGACUUUCUGAUUUUCCUGGUGCUGUACUCAAUGCAAAGCGUUUAGACCUGUUUUGCCUUUAUAAAGAGGUGGUUACCCGGGGAGGCUAUUAUGUUGGGAAUGGCAUAAAUUGGAGGGGGCAGGUUUUCUCUAAAAUGAGCAACCAUUCAGUCAAUAAUAAAAUGACUGGAAUCACAUAUGCUUUGAAAAGACAUUAUGAAACAUAUCUUCUGGAGUAUGAGUUAGCUCAUAAUGAUGUAACUAUCAAUCAAUGUGUUCUUUGUCAGAGUAGCACUCCUGGAGAUUGGCUGAGUUGUGCAAGGUGCAGCAAAUGGGUUCAUUUAGGUUGUGAUAAAAGAUCUCUUGCUGCUUUCAAGGAUUACUCGAAGACAGAUGGCUUGGACUAUAUCUGCCCGCACUGUGGCUGAAAGGUGACUGGCGUACAGUAAUUUAUCAAAGAAGCAUUAGGUGAUAUAUCUUUCAUUUUACAUUGUAUUUUCUACAUAUGGUUUGUACAUCGAAUCAGCAUAUUUGCAUGGACUACAAAAUUAGAAAUGGAACAAUCAAGUAGAGGCUGAAGUUGAUUUUCAUCAUUUGCUGUGUUUUCAUUCCCUCAUUUUUUGUGCUUAUUUUAUUUUAUUAACAAAUCUUGUAACUUAAAACGUAUUUUCUUAAGCCAAGCUCAUUAAAAUGGGUUAUAUAGGAUCUGAAAUCAGGCUUGCUUUGAGCAAUUUCUAUGUUGGAUUGUGAAUGAUUAUG